AAUGAAGUCUUUUAGUAGUUAAAUUACUAAAAUUAGUACUACAGUUAACUACAGUUAUUUCAGUUAACAACAGUAAAGAACAGUUCUAAUUCCACUUCCAGAUCAAGAGAAUCUCUUUCUUAGAGAUCUAUUCUAGCUAGACUUUUGAUAGACUAAACUAAUAUUUAUAUAGAUCUAGAUCUAGAGUCUAAAACUAAAAGUCUAAUAAAAAUUAAAAAGUAUCCUGUGGUGUGCCUGGUGUUUAAAAAAAAUGGCAAGUAAUAGCUAUCUGCAUGAAAUUGAUUCUGACCUGCACAUACUGGAGCAGAAACUGACAGAGUAUAUUAAUGUUUGUAUGGACAAUACUGUGGAUGUUGCCCAAAAUAUUGCAGAUUAUUGCAACAAAAAUGCUAAACUUUCUAAAGACACAACAGAUAUUAUGAGAGGCUGGAUAACCAUGGAGAGUGAUAUUAAACAUCAUGUAAAAGCCCUUAAACACAUAAAAUCAUUGGGAAGUAAAUCAAGCAUUGGUCUAAAUCUGAGUGAAGAGUUCCAGAAGAAGUUGUCGGAGCUUGAGAAGAAUGACCAGUCUAAUUACAAAACACAUGCUAAAUUUAAGGAACUGGAAGAGGCUAUGAAUGACGAUGGAACUUUGGAAGAGCAACUCUCUGCACUAAAAACAUCGCUAGUGCCCUCGCAGAAUGAUGAUGACAUAGCCAUGAUGCAAGUUGAAGUCAACAUUAAGUGUCCGUACACUGGUCAGACAAUGGUCAACCCUGUGAGGAAUACCAUAUGCAAGCAUGUCUACGACAGGGAGGGAAUCAUGGACUACAUCAAGCAGAGAAAAGCUAAAGCCAAAUGUCCAGCUGUGGGGUGUGGGAAUAGUAUACCCAUACAGCCAGAAAAUCUGGAAGAGCACACCAACAUGAAAAAAUAUAUUUCACUCUUGAAAAAAUUAAACAGAUGAUUGUCGUAGAUGAAAUAAAUUAUGUAUAUAUGUUACUACUGAGACACCUGUACAGACUGGAUUAUUUAGCAGGUUUUAAUCUUUGGAAGGCUUGAUCUGUGAAAAGUGUAAACAGAACAUUUUAAAUCUGACUAAAUUAAUAUUGGAAUAACCUCAGCUGGUACUCCCACAAAGACAAACUGCAAGUGCUUUGCUCCAGGAUUUACUGUGGUAGAACAAAAUGGAUUGUUUGUGGAUACAGGUUUUAUGAGAGGACCAAAUCUGAUGCAUUUUACUUUAAACAAUGUGAAAUUUUUGUUUUUCAAAUUUGUAUAUAAACAUUUUUAUAAAAUGUCUCUUGUUAAUAAAUAUUUUGAUCAAAUGAUGAAUGUUAACAAG